GAUUUUAAGUGGAAACUCGCCCUGUGCGGAAAACUGGCAAAAACAAGAACUUAUAAAGCUUUAACUAUUAUAAUACACAUUCAUAGCCUAAACAAAAUUAAGUGAUUACUAAACAUGACGCAGCGACUGAGCAAACAAAGAAGCAAUUUGGUGGCAUUUAAUAAUGGCUCGAAAUUCAAUCAAGUCAGUCGCCAGUGGUGCGUCCAGCCGAGGAAUUCACACCACAGGAAAUUCAAACAAUACAACUUAUUUGUCUUCAAACGAUGAAAAUGGACAGAAUUUUAAAAUUGCUGUUGCUGUGGAUUUUCGGCGUGUCGACGACUGUUGGCCAGAAGGACGAGAUGCUGUACGAGUCGCCGCUGUACGUCAUCAACGUGUCCGGCAUUACCAAGGUGGCGAUCCACCGCAGCAGGGUGUUUGUGUUGGUGCCGUCGCAGGAGGUGCCGCUGCUGGAAAUGUCGUGGCUGCCGCACGUGCAGCACGUGGCUAAGCUGCGCAAGACGCCAGUGAACGCGUCCGUGCGUCGCUGCCAGGGUCUGGUGCGUCCGGUCGAUCUGCAGACCGACCCUUACGGCCGCCUCUGGCUGCUCGAUGCCGGUGACGCCAAGUGCGCGCCCAAACUGGUUGUCUAUGACAUCCUCUAUCACCGGCUGGUCGAAAACGCCCGGCACUCGUUUGACCUCGGACUGCAGGUCGAGCACCUGACCAUCGACCCUGGCGCCACCAGAGGCGUCACCCUCGCCUACGUUGCCGGAGGGGACAAGAUUUUGGUUUACAGCUACUACCAGGACAGGCACUGGAACGUUAAGACUGUGCUCAACGAGACCAUUACAGGUAUUGCCUUAAAUCCCGGGGAUGCAGAGCACAGGACGACCCUGCUGGUGUUGGUGAACCACUUGACUGUCUACCAGAUUUUCACGUCCAGGUUGCUGGAGGGCUCGGCGGGCGUGAUCGAGGCCGGCGAGUUAAUGGGCCCCAGUUUGGCCGGCCUGACGAGUGAUGGCCGCGGCGGCGUUUUUUACAUGCUCAGCCGGGACUUUGUGGCCGUUCGCUGGAACAGCCGCUUGCCCCUGCAGGCCGAAAACCAGGAGAUUUUGCUGCAGAGCGACCGCGUGCUCUUCAACGUGACGUCCUUCGUGACCGACUCGAACAGGAACAUUUGGGGGGUGGUCAACAACGGCACCGACCAAAUGACCUGGUGCGCCAAACUCACCUUCACUAGCUACUGAUCUGAUUUUUUUUCUGUAUGGAAGUGAAAAAAAAUAUCUCACAAAAUAGCAAAUACUUUAAUAUUAAACAUCAAAGAGGAAAAUAAAAAAAUUAGUUGUUUUUAUAGCGUGUUGUAAUUUUAAUUAAAAAAUUUAACUUAUA